CUCUCCCCACAUCACCUCGAACCACUGCCCAACUCCCAGAUUCAAUUCGACACAACACCACGCAAUCAUGUCAUCCGCAGCUUGCAUCUUCUGCAAGAUCGUCAAAGGCGACAUCCCCUCCCUCAAGCUCUUCGAAUCAGACAAAGUCCUCGCGUUCCUGGAUAUCAACCCGCUUUCUAGAGGCCAUGCUUUAGUGAUUCCUAAACACCACGGAGAGAAAUUGACGGAUAUUCCUGAUGAUGCGCUGACGGAGAUAUUGCCAGUAGUAAAAAAGCUCGUCAAAGCAUCAGGAGCAGAGAACUACAACGUGUUGCAAAACAAUGGCCGCAUCGCCCAUCAGGAGGUUGAUCACGUUCAUUUCCACAUGAUCCCAAAACCGAAUGCAGAGGAGGGAAUGUCGAUUGGUUGGCCGCAGCAGAAGACGGAUUUCGAUAAGCUUAAUGCUUUACUUGCUGAGAUCAAGGCGAAGAUGUGAACGCCUUCCUUCACUGUUUUAUUAUAAGGUGAUUGAGUGACGGCAGGUGAGGUGAACGGGGAAUGGAGAAUUAGAUCGAAGGCAUGGGUAUACUGAGAUGAGGGAUGAAUUCAAAAGCAAAUAUAAAAACGAAUAAAUCUAGGUGAGGAAAAGCCCGCGUGGACUUGUUGGUGUUGCUUCAAUGUUCCAAAGAUCUGGAACAUUGAGAUUGUCCUUCCAACCCAGGGUGAAGGAAGUUGGGAGUUGAGAGUGAAUACCGCAUCGCCGAAGAAUUUUUGUUGCACGUUAUCUCCACAGAACUCGCAAUAUACUCAUUGAUCAGGCAUGUGGAAGACCGGUAGUAGCAAAAAGGGACAUUCCAGGGAAGCUGCAAUCUCCCCACUACGGUCAGGCAAGUAAGGUUGGCUAAGAAGAACAACGAGGUAGUCGACGAC